UGGCUUUGGCAGGUACCCAGACGGUUGUGUGAGGAGAGGUAAUCUGUUCGGAGGCUACUGCGUUCUGUCCACAAGUCCCCGUGACUCGCUACCAUGAGCAGCACCUUAGCCAAGAUCGCGGAGAUUGAAGCCGAGAUGGCUCGGACUCAAAAGAACAAGGCCACAGCACACCACCUAGGGCUGCUUAAGGCUCGCCUUGCUAAGCUUCGUAGAGAGCUCAUUACCCCAAAAGGUGGUGGUGGUGGUGGGCCAGGAGAAGGUUUUGAUGUGGCCAAGACAGGUGAUGCUCGAAUUGGGUUUGUGGGUUUUCCAUCAGUGGGGAAGUCAACACUGCUUAGUAACCUGGCAGGGGUAUAUUCUGAGGUGGCAGCCUAUGAGUUCACUACUCUGACCACUGUGCCUGGUGUCAUCAGAUACAAAGGUGCCAAGAUCCAGCUUCUGGAUCUUCCAGGUAUCAUUGAGGGUGCCAAGGAUGGGAAAGGUAGAGGCCGUCAGGUCAUUGCAGUGGCCCGAACAUGUAACUUGAUCCUGAUUGUUCUGGAUGUCUUGAAACCCUUGGGACAUAAAAAGAUAAUUGAAAAUGAGCUGGAAGGUUUCGGCAUUCGCUUGAACAGCAAACCCCCCAACAUUGGCUUUAAGAAGAAGGAUAAAGGAGGCAUUAAUCUCACGGCCACUUGCCCUCAGAGUGAGCUGGAUGCUGAAACUGUGAAGAGCAUUCUGGCCGAAUACAAAAUUCACAAUGCUGAUGUGACGCUGCGUAGUGAUGCCACUGCGGACGACCUCAUCGAUGUGGUGGAAGGAAACAGAGUUUAUAUACCUUGCAUUUACGUGUUGAAUAAGAUAGAUCAGAUUUCCAUUGAGGAAUUGGAUAUCAUCUAUAAGGUGCCUCACUGUGUACCCAUUUCUGCCCAUCAUCGCUGGAAUUUUGAUGACCUAUUGGAAAAGAUCUGGGACUAUCUGAAACUAGUGAGGAUUUAUACCAAACCCAAAGGCCAGUUGCCAGAUUAUACAUCUCCAGUGGUGCUGCCUUACUCUAGGACAACAGUGGAAGAUUUUUGCAUGAAGAUUCACAAAAACCUUAUCAAAGAAUUUAAAUACGCUCUGGUCUGGGGUCUCUCUGUGAAACACAAUCCUCAAAAAGUGGGUAAAGAUCAUACGUUGGAGGACGAGGAUGUCAUUCAGAUUGUGAAGAAGUGAAACCUUCCCCCUGCCCAUCUGCUGGGCCAACCAUAGCAGCUAUUCCCAUAACCAAGCUAUUCCCCACCCCAAACCUUUUUGAGCUUUGGCAUCCAGUGGAUCAGGAUUUAGGGGAGGGAGAUGAAGGCAUCCAAGCUGGAACUUUACUUGUCUUAACUUGGUGUCAUCUUGUAAAUUAACUGCAUAAAGGACCUGGUAGGCCAAGCCAGCUAUGUGCUGUUCAUGUGUCAGAAUUUGUUUUGGGUUGGACUGAAUGAGGACGGGUAUGUACUGUGAGGCAUCUGCAGAAGGGGUGCUUGGGAGCUUGGUCUUAAGUGUGGAAUGGAUCAAAAUGUGACUACAACAUCUUAUUUGAUGUUUAGUCACGAGAAACCCUUCCAACUGGAUGUGGCCUUCAUUCUUUUCAAGUGGUCUUUUGCAGGUGAUACUGGAAAGAGGAAGGACGUGAUGUAAGUUAACUGGUAAUUCCCUGCAAGGCUGGUCAAUUUGGGAUAUAGUGUCAUGUGACAGUUGAGUAAAGUACUCUAACCAGA